AUGGCGGCUGUCGAAGCGGCUGCGGAGCCGGUAACUGGGCUGGAGGGCGCUGGACCAAAGGCGAAGGACGAAGAGGAGGAGGAAGAGGAGUCGCUGCCGCCGUGCGAGGCAGUGCGCUGGGCGCCGGUGGGGGCGGUGGCGGAGGCCGGGCCCGGAGCGGCGGCGUUCUCCGAAGAGGCGGCAGCCGAGGAGCCCGGAGUGGUCCCCGGCUCCCCGCCGGACUCCCCCGGCCGGACGCUACGGCGGCUGCGGGCCGAGAGGCGGCGGCUGGACUCGGCGCUGCUCGCGCUGUCCUCGCAUUUCGCGCAGGUGCAGUUCCGCUUGCGGCAGGUGGUACGCGGGGCGCCGGCGGAGCAGCAGCGCCUCCUGCGCGAGCUCGAGGACUUCGCCUUCCGUGGCUGCCCUCACGUCCUCGGUUACGGGGUCUCGGAGGACCCUGCCAGCGAUGAUGGCGACAGGCUGCCGGGGGACCGACCACGGUUACGGGGCGAGGACCAGAGUGAGCAGGAGAAACAGGAACGUCUGGAAACCCAAAGGGAGAAGCAAAAGGAACUGAUCCUGCAGCUCAAAACCCAGCUCGAUGACCUGGAAACAUUUGCCUAUCAAGAGGGCAGUUAUGACUCCCUUCCACAGUCUGUGGUCUUGGAAAGACAGCGGGUGAUCAUUGAUGAGUUAAUAAAGAAACUGGACAUGAAUCUGAAUGAGGACCUCAGCUCAUUGUCCACUGAGGAGCUUCGGCAGCGUGUGGAUGCCGCUGUGGCUCAAAUUGUCAACCCAGCCCGAGUGAAAGAACAGCUGGUUGAGCAGCUGAAAACUCAGAUCCGAGACCUCGAGAUGUUCAUCAACUUCAUCCAAGAUGAAGUAGGAAGCCCAUUACAGACAGGGAGUGGACACUGUGAGUGCAAGGCCAACGGGAAGACAGGAAGUGACUCCAGCAGAACUGGCAGCAGCAGACUGCCUCCAGGAAGCAGCAAAACAAAGGCAGAAGAUGUGAAAAGAGUUCGAGAGACAGGGCUGCACCUGAUGCGGCGAGCGCUGGCAGUGCUGCAGAUCUUUGCCGUCAGCCAGUUCGGGUGUGCCACGGGCCAGAUCCCGCAGCCCCUGUGGCCGAGGGGCCAGGCCGACAGGGACUACUCUCCCUUGCUGAAGAGGCUGGAGGCCUCAGUAGACCGGGUGAAGCUGCUGGCCCUGAGACACCAGGCGCACGGGCACGUCACCGGCUCCGCCAGCCUCCAGGACCUCUCCCUGGGAGGCAAGGAUGAGCUGACGGUGGCUGUGCGGAAGGAGCUGACAGCGGCUGUGAGGGACCUGCUGGCCCACGGACUGUACGCCCCCUCACCAGGGAUGAGCCUCGUCAUGGCCCCCAUCGCCUGUCUUCUGCCUGCCUUCUCCUCCGCCCCCGAGGCCAUGCACCCCUGGGAGCUCUUUGUAAAGUACUACCACGCCAAGAACGGCCGCGCGUACGUGGAAUCCCCAGCCCGAAAGCUCUCGCAGUCUUUUGCCUUGCCCGUCACAGGAGGCACUGUGGUGACGCCCAAGCAGAGCCUGCUGACAGCCAUCCACAUGGUGCUGACGGAGCACGACCCUUUCAAGCGCAGUGCAGACUCGGAGCUGAAGGCCUUGGUGUGCAUGGCGCUGAAUGAGCAGCGUCUCGUGUCCUGGAUGAACCUCAUCUGCAAGUCGGGGUCGCUCAUCGAGCCCCACUACCAGCCCUGGAGCUACAUGGCACACACAGGCUUUGAGAGCGCCCUCAACCUGCUCAGCCGCCUCAGCAGCCUCAAGUUCAGCCUCCCUGUAGACCUUGCUGUGCGCCAGCUCAAGAACAUCAAAGACGCCUUUUGA